AUGAGCGAUGAGUUAUGUGUGCUGAGGAAAUUGCAACUCAUUUACAGCAAAAAUGAGCUGUACCACAGGCUAGAGCACGUGCUUGGUAGGCCGGAGAGUGCGGCGGAGGCAGAGGGACUUUAUGAUGACGUGGAGGGGCUUGUUUCUCUUUUCGCUGAGGCGAAUGAAAAAAAACGGGAUAGUGAUGACUUGAAGGAAGUUUCAGCAGAGGAGAGAAACAAGUCGCUGGUUGACGCGCUUGAUAGCGCUAUCAAUGGAGAUGAGAAUGAUGAGCCACCCAUACAGCUCUCGCAGUUGCAGGACCUUGCGUGCCUAAUGCGAUCACUUUUGGGUGACAUCGACUGGUCGAAAUGUCUCGCAGCUGGGGCACUCGCCAUCGUGGAGCAGGAACGGCGGGAAAUUGAAGAAACUCUCAGGCAAAAGAUUCUGCAGGAAGAGGAGGCCCGACGGGAUGCAAACGAGGGAGGCGACAGCGCCGCCGGUAGACAAAGGACUUUGCAGGACCUUUCAGUGGACCCCGCGGAGCGCAGAGCGGCGAUGAAGGUGAGAGCGGAGGAGAAAAUGCAGUUGGCGCAGUUGGUACGCACCGGGUUACUGGAUGAGUCGGAAUUACUUCAGGUUAAGACGGAUGAUGAGGAUGUGGAGCAGGUGGAGCUGAAUGAAGAAGAACCCCUGUUCUUGCGUGGGUUGGUGCGACACAAACCCAUCAACUACCGGGCGUUGUUGCCGUCCGAGCAGUUGAUGAGGGCGAGCACACCGGCACAGCGAGAAGCCAUCAUUGCACGCCGCGUCGUGCAACAAGCUUGCGCCGAAGAGAUUGAAACUAAUACCAUGAAGCGUGCUGCCUUGGCGCAGCAGCAACGUAACAAGGAGCGGCAGAUUCUUCAAGCGAAGGAGCGGCGGCAGCAGCGGUUGGCAGAGCAGGCGCGCGGUUUCUAUGAACCGAAUGAUGCUGCUGACAGAAAGGAAGAGGGAGAUGAUGAGGAGGGUAAUAACGAGGAGGAUGGAACCCACUACAAGGGCAAUACGUUCCUCGAUCGGGAAUUAUUAGAGCGCCCGGAAGAACACCUCCAUAGGGGCGGACUUGGCCGUGGUUCUCGUUCUGCGCUUCCACCGUGGAUGAAACACAGUUUCGGGGAGAAGCCCCGCUUCGGUAUGAUGGAAACCUCUGAGAGCCUUGCAGAGCAGCGUCGUUCGCUGCCCAUUUAUGCAUUUCGUGAUCGGUUCCUACAGCACGUUGAUGCACAUGCAGUAACUGUGUUGGUGGGAGAAACUGGCAGUGGCAAAACAACACAAAUUCCUCAGUAUCUUGUUGAGCACGGUUACGGUAAGAACGGUGUUGUUUGUUGCACCCAACCCCGGCGAGUGGCGGCGGAGACACUUGCAAUCCGUGUGGCCGAGGAGUACGGUUGCCGCCUCGGUGAGGAAGUCGGUUACACUGUCCGGUUUCGCGAUGUCACAUCUUCCCUCACGUGCAUAAAGUACAUGACAGACGGUAUGUUGCUGCGUGAAGCCCUUCUUGAUGACUCAUUUCAGAGGUAUAGCGUUAUCAUCCUCGAUGAGGCACACGAGCGGUCGGUCAACACUGAUUUGCUCUUUGCAAUUGUACGCAACGCAACACACAAGCGGCCAACACUAAAAGUUAUUGUCACUUCUGCCACACUUGAGAGGGAGAAAUUCUGUUCGUACUUCAACGUCCACGAUGUGUUUUUUAUCGAAGGUCGCACUUUUCCUGUUGACACGUAUUUCCUUGCGGAGCCAACGGAGGAUUACCUCGACUGUGCUCUAAAAACUGUGAUGAAGUUACAUCUUGAGGAGCCACCAGGCGAUGUCCUUGUAUUUCUUACAGGACAAGAGGAGAUUGAGUUUGGUGGUGACCGUCUCUUCCGCUGGAUGGAGCGGCUUCGGGGCCUCAGUGACCUCCCGGUGCCGGACAUGCUCAUCCUCCCCUUAACUGCGACACUGCCACAAGAUGUGCAGUCACGCGUUUUCGAGCCGACGCCGCCACAUUGCAGGAAGGUCGUGCUCGCCACAAAUGUCGCAGAAACUUCCAUUACAAUUAGUAACCUUUCUUACGUGGUGGACAGCGGGUAUAGUAAGCAAAAUGUGUUCGACCCGAAGACAGGGAUGGAGCAACUCAAAAUCAUGCCCAUCUCGCAAGCACAAGCGCGUCAACGGGCCGGGCGUGCAGGGCGUAUUGGGCCCGGCAAGUGCUUUCGUAUGUACACGGAGAUUCAGUUUCGCCAGGAUAUGGACCCUGCCACCGUUCCUGAUAUUCAGCGUUCGAACUUGUUCCACGUAGUUCUGCAAUUGAAGGCAAUGGGAAUUAAUGACCUCUUCGCUCUGGACCUCAUGGAUCCACCUCCCCAAGAGACGCUGGUGACGGCGUUACAAAAGUUGCGCUACCUCGAGGCAUUGGAUGAGGAUGGGCUUCUGACGCCGCUGGGAGGUCGUAUGGCUCAUUUGCCCAUUGAUCCCUCGCACAGCAAGACACUUCUUACGGCUGUCGACUUGGGUUGCAGCGAGCCCGUGCUCACCAUAGUCUCUAUGCUCGCAGCUCAAAAGCGUGGCGUAUUUUACCGGCCGCGUGAUCAACACGAGGCGGCAGAUGCAGCAAAGCGGCAGUUUCACCAACCGGAGGGUGACCACAUUACACUGCUUGCUGUGUACGAUGCAUGGGUGGCCAACGGUCUGAGCGAAAACUGGUGUAAGCGGAACUUCUUAAAACACCGCAUGCUUAUGGAGGCUCGCGAUACCCGUGACCAACUUAGCGAAAUGUUGCGGAAGCGACAUACAAACAUUGAGCAUCAUAACGACUCCUCACUUACGGAGGUGCGACGGGCCAUUACCGCUGGGUACUUUUUCAAUGCUGCAAGACGUAUCACGGACGUGGCCUACGCCACGCUUGCGGAGCGGCGCGAGGUUUAUGUUCAUCCUUCGUCCUGUUUACGGGACACACCACCAAAAUAUCUCUUGUACAACGAGGUUCAAUUAACAAGCCGCGAGUACAUGCGUGAGAUACUGGCCAUCGAGCCACGUUGGCUUGUGGAACUCGCCCCAGCGUUUUACAGCAAACCGCGGAAGGGGAAAUUAACGAAAGAGCAACGUGCCGAACGCCUUAAUCCAAUUCUGCGCGCAUGGGAGAGCGGAAACUCGUGGAGAAUCUCUAAGCAGAGGCGUCGCAGGUGA